GAUGGCGCACGAGAGCAGGUUGAAGCGGAGGAGCAUCUUUCUAAAAGGUGACCGUGCUCUCUCCUCCGACAUGAGAUGUGAGGAGAAGGAGGUGCCGACGGAGGUGCAGAAGGAGGUGGGUGCUGUGGGGCCGGUCCACAUCGUGCUCGCCCAUGAGGACGACCAGGGGUUCUCCCUCGACGAGGAGGCCCUGGAGAGGCUGCUCCUGCGGGAGGAGGUGGUUGACCUCGACGUGGUGGUGGUGUCGGUGGCCGGAGCCUUCCGCAAGGGAAAGUCUUUCCUGCUCGACUUCCUGCUGCGCUACAUGUACAACCAGUCCUCCAGCUCGUGGAUGGGGGACGCAGAGGAGCCCCUGACCGGCUUCACGUGGCGGGGAGGCUGCGAGAGAGAGACCACGGGCAUCCAGGCCUGGGGCCAGCUGUUCCUGGUGGAUCGACCAGACGGUAGCAAGGUUGCGGUGAUGCUGAUGGACACCCAGGGGGCGUUUGACAGCCAGUCCACGGUUCGAGACUGUGCUACUCUGUUCGCGCUGAGUACCAUGGUGAGCUCCAUCCAGGUCUACAACCUUUCUCAGAACGUCCAAGAAGAUGACCUUCAACAUCUCCAGCUCUUCACAGAAUAUGGCCGCCUCGCCAUGGAGCAGACUAACGAGAAGCCUUUUCAGAGGCUGAUGUUCCUGGUCCGAGACUGGAGCUAUCCCUACGAGCAUCCCUACGGCCUGGAGGGCGGACACAGCUUCCUGGAGAAACGACUUCAGGUGACGCAGCAGCAGCAUGAGGAGCUCCAGACAGUGAGGAGACACAUCCACUCAUGUUUCUCCUCCAUUAGCUGCUUCCUGCUGCCUCACCCGGGCCUCCGGGUGGCCACCAACCCCGCCUUCGAUGGACGACUGACAGACAUUGACGAGGACUUUAAGAGGGAGCUGUUCUGUCUCGUUCCAACACUCCUGGCUCCAGAGAACCUGGUGGUGAAGGAGAUCGGAGGAGCCAAGCUCACAUGUCGAGACCUGCUGCACUACUUUAAGGCGUACAUGAAAAUCUACCAGGGGGAGGAACUUCCUCAUCCCAAGUCCAUGUUACAGGCAACAGCUGAGGCCAAUAACCUGGCUGCUGUGGCAGGCGCUAGAGCCCUCUACACCAAGAGUAUGGAGCAGCUGUGUGGAGGAGACACGCCCUAUAUGGCCCCGCUUGAGCUGUCCCGGCGUCACCACGCCCUGCGGCUGGAGGCCGUCAGACACUUCCGCUCGGUCAAGAAGAUGGGCGGGGAGGAGCUGUGCCGGCGCUACCAGGAGCAGCUGGAGGCGGAGCUAGAUCUGUCCCACGCCAGCUACUCCAAACUCAACGACGGGAAGAACAUCUUCCGGGCGGUCCGGACGCCCGCCACCCUGCUGGGCCUCGUGUUCCUGUGCUACGCCGCGUCCCUGUUCACGGGGCUCCUGGGGGCCCGCUGGCUGGCUUCCAUGUGUCACCUGCUGAUGGGCGUGGCCCUGGUCGCCCUCCUCACCUGGCUGUACACGCGCUACUCCGGAGAGCUCCGCCCCCUGGGUCACGUCAUCGACCGGGUGGCGGCCGCGCUGUGGGAGCAGAAGACUCCCCACCAGGUGUUUUCUAAACUUUGUGAGGCGCUCCGGAGCCGAGGUCGGCUGGCCCGCUGGCUUCCGAUUCGGCGCCCGCGUCUAGCCUCCAACAACAACCUGAAGAAGAACUAGCACCAUCAUGUACGCUUCUCCGCCCGGAGGAGGCCGACACAUUGGCUCCUCCUGACGGCCUUGUUGAGGACUCAUUGAAAACACACUUUGGUGUUUUAUUUAUUUAAAUUAUUGGAAAUGUGAACAAAAACAGAAUGUUUUGCUUCUGUCUCAUCAAAUUGACGAUGCCUCUACCUAACAGGCUAUGCUCACGGUUAGCUCCUCGCUGGACUCUGGGUAAGCCGGUCGCUAGGUGCUGGUUUCACCUGAUAUCGAUUAGGCCACUGGUUAACCUAGGGCCAGCCCAUUGGAGUUAGCCUGGCGUCUUGUCUUAGCGUGGUACCUUUUCAAGCUCCGGUUAGCUUACCGCUGCCUUGGUUGAAGCAGGUGCUCCUAGCAUUGAUGAAGACACUUGUUUUACACUCUUCACAUCUAUUUGUAUACAUGGGGCAUGUAUGAAAUAUACAUAAUUAAGAUAUACAUAUAUAAAUACAUUUUCUAGACCUUUUUGGUAGCUGGAUGAAUCAGUAUAGAUAUACGGUAUAUAUAUAUAGUGUGUAUUUGUACAUAGUAUAUCACUAUGUAACGGCAGCCUGUGGUGACCUGUGGAUAUGAAA